AUGGUUACAUUAAAAAAAUUGUCCUUAAAUAUAUGUGUAGGUGAAUCAGGUGAUCGAUUAACUCGUGCAUCAAAAAUUUUAGAAGAAUUAACAGGACAAAAACCAUCUGUUGGUCAUGCACAACGAACUAUUCGUUCUUUUGGUAUUCAACGUAAUGAAGAAAUAAGUGUUUUUUGUUCAGUACGUAAUACAUUAGCAAAUGAUUUACUUGAACGUGCACUUCGAAUAAAAGAAUAUCGGCUACCAUCGAAAUGUUUUAGCGAAGAAGGAACAUUUUGUUUUGGUAUUGAUGAACAUAUUGAUUUAGAUGGAAUGAAAUAUGAUCCAAAUAUUGGAAUAUUUGGAAUGAAUUUUGUUGUUAUUUGUGGAAAAUCAGGAACGGAUAAUCGUGUUACAAAAGAAGAAGCUAUUCUAUGGUUUCAAAAUACUUUUAAUGGAAUUGUAAUGAAAACUAAUAAAUAG